GGUAGGGAGGGAGGGAGGGAGGAGGGGAGGAGGGAUGAGAAGAGGGGAGGGAGGGAGGACGGGAAGUGGAGGAGGAAUGAGGGAGGGAGAGUAGAUCUGAAUAGAGGAGAGGGAGGAGGGAGAGAGGAGGGAGGGAGGGGGGAGGGAGGGGGAUGGGGAAGGGAAGGAAGGGAAGGGUCGGAGAGUGGUCGGGAGAGGAAGAUUGGUGCGGAGGAGGAGAUGAAGAGGAGGGGGGCGGGAUGCGGGGGGAGGGGGAGGCGGGUAGGGACUGGAGGGAGGGAUGAAGGGGGUGAUGAAGGAGGGUGAAGGAUGGGAGGGAUGGACUGGAGGGCGGGGGAAGGGAUGGAGGAGUGCGACUUUGGUGGAGUGGAGGGAGGGUAGGAGCAAGGGCGGGAGGAAGGGAGGGAGUGAAGGGAGGGAGAGAACGCGCGGGAGGGAGGGACGGGAGGUGAGGGCAGGAGGGAGGGCCGCGGGAGGGCGGGGAGGGAGGGCGGAGAAGGGAGGGGGAGGGGCAUACGAGGGAUACCAUAAAACUAAAUAAUCAUCCAUUGUCAUUCCCCCUCCCGCCUGUAGGAGGCAGAGAUCUACUUCCGGAUCAACAUUAACUGUAUAGACCCGUUGGGCCGCACAGCUCUGCUGAUCGCUAUAGAGAAUGAGAACCUGGAGAUUAUUGAGCUGCUGCUCACCUAUAACGUGUGUGUCGGUGACGCUCUGCUACACGCCAUCCGUAAAGAGGUGGUGGGGGCCGUGGAACUGCUGCUCAACCACAAGAAGCCCAGUGGGGAGAAACAGGUAGGACAGUUACAGGGUGCUUCCCAAAUGGCACCCUGUUGUUGAGUGUUGGCUAUGGUCACUUGGUGGAGGGGUGACUAGCCUACAUUCACCUGCAUACAGCACAGCACACUGUCCUUUUGUUAUCACAUACCAAUAGGCUAUCUGCUUUACAAUCAGAUUGGUCUUGAAAAAGGCCUUAGACCUCACAUGUUGACAUAGAACAGUCUCUACUAUAUGCCCUCUUCUUGUGUUUCCUAUGCAUUACACUACACCAUGCCCUCCCAGGCACAUACUCAUUCCUACUGUAUAAGGAUUACUUCAACCAUAUUUAAUUUUUAAGGGGAUAGAUCAGCUAUGAAAUUAGCAGAUUUAAGUCUAUCAAAUAACAUUACUUGCAACAUUUCUAAUCCCCCCCCACCUUUUUUUAAAUAUAAUGCCCCUACCCCCCUAUCCCCUGGUUGGAGGACUCGGUGGAAAAUUAAACCCUAACUUUCAACUGAGAGCUACAAGGACAAAAUGUUAAUGUACAAUUUAGAAAUGUUUCUCCAUGCUAUUACACACUGGAUAUUUGAACCAUAUAAUGUUUGUGAAUUACAUAUUCUUCCUCCUCACAUCUCUUGCUUCUGCACAUAAUUCCUUUUCACUUAUUUCUCUGUAUGUGUUGGUCUACUCUAAUUAACUGGUUCUCUCAGAACAGCAGUGAGAUAUGCUACUAUGGGCAAUUUACACAUUUUCCACAUACACUUGCACUCUGGAUAUUUGAACCAUAAUUCUUACAGUAUAAUUGCCUCUUCACUUCCCUCUGUGUUGAUCUUGGUUGCAUCCCAAAAUGGCACCCUAUUCCAUAUUUAGUGCACACUACCCUAUAGUCCCUUAUCAAAAUUAGUGCUCUAUAUAGGGAAUAGGGUGCCAUUGAGACUUGAGCCAUGAACAGGUGAACAGAGGUACGCUAAAACAGACAGGGGCUCCCUGAGGUCUGAAAGAGAAAGUUUUACUCUGCUAAUCGCUUUAUUUAAAUCACAGCUGAUCCACUAGACUAGAUCGUCCUCACCACAUCUCCUAGCCCUCCUGUGAUUUCUCUAUUUACAGUCUGUUCAUUUAUACACUCUCUUAGUGAUAUGUUAAUCAUCUGAUUUACAUUUCUGUUGAUCACUAUAGCAAAUGAGUCAAUAGGCAGGUACUGUCUUUCAUCUGUAUAGGCUACUGAUUCGUGUAUACAGUGAUAUAUCUGUAGCCUAUUGACAACAUCUUAUUAUGUGAAACUGUGAAAAGGUUACAUGUUCUUACCGGUCCUAAGGGCAGGCAGGCAGUCCUCUGUAGCUCAAUUGGUAGAGCAUGGUGCUUGUAACGCCAAGGUAGUGGGUUCGAUCCCCGGGGCCACCCAUACGUAAAAAUGUAUGCACACGUGACUGUAAGUCGCUUUGGAUAAAAGCGUCUGCUAAAUGGCAUAUUAUAAACAUUUAUCAAAGUAACGGUAGUGAUGGCAGAAUAAAUAAACAUGUUGGGAAGAUAGGCAAAAACAAACAAACUAGGAACAAAAAUAAGCCUAGUGGUUAAGAGCCUUGGGACAGUAACCAAAAGGUCACUGGUUCAAAUCCCUGAGCCGACUAGGUCAAAAAUCUGUCUGUGCCCUUGAGCAAGGCGCUUAACCCCAAUUGCUCCUGUAAGUCGCUCUGGAGUGUCUACAAAAAUGUAAUCAAAAUCAAACUGAACUUUCCUACUGGCAUUAGGAAACAAGCUGUGGGUACUAUGACAACAAAAUGGGCCUACAGCCUACACACAUAUGGACACACUCCCCAUCAGAACUUACAGAACACUGGCAAAGCCACCUGUGAGGGAGCUCAAGGUACUUCUAUUUGGCAGUGUUCUGUAUGCUCUGAAGGGGAGAGUACACAUAUGUGGGUGGGGAGCGAGGGAGCUCCAAGAAGCGGCAACACACAAAGACAUACUCAAAGCAUUAGAAAUAAAUGCACAAACUGAAGGAAAAUAUCUUCACUCGAAUUACACAGAUAAUUGGGCACCUGCGAACAAGUAUUAAGCAGCUGUGCACGUUUUUAAAACAGUAACAAUAUUGUCAUGUCAUAAUUAGACCUAACUCAAGAGCGCACAAGUGAGAGUGGGGCUGUGGCCAUCAUAGAAACGACCAGGCAACAUUUCCCCCAACAAAUUAUACAAUAUCUUGAAUUAUGAUAUUAGGCUAUUUAAUCUUGAAAAAAUAAAUGUUAGUGUGACUAUUACUCUCGUUUGCAGAUGGCCAAAAAUACAACAUGAAAUGUAACCGGAAGACAUACACAGUCCUGAAAUGCAUACAAAUGUAUCAAGUUACAGCAUGCAUUAUCAAGGUUACAUAUAUGUUUUAGCUAGUUUUAAAACAAAGGACAGAAAUAGAACAGAAUACAGUAGGUCUGACACAGAAACACACACACACACACACACACACACACACACACACACACACACACACACACACACACACACACACACACACACACACACACACACACACACACACACACACACACACACAAUUACAGAGAAGUCUAUGGGGGCUGGAACACGUCUCAAACACACAUUUUUCAAGGACGUUCAAAGAAAAACUCCCACAGGCACCAGAUCUGCUUGCUCUUGAAAACUCUUUUUGGAUUUAACAUCUCUUUUCAUAUAAACAACUGAGGGCCCUUUUCAGUAGUAUGGACACGAAAGCCAUAGAGCCAACCCUGCGGUUAGCUAUAGAGGACCAUAGUCUAGAUACCCCAUUACUGUAUUGACAUCUGAAUUAACAUUAUGUCCGCUCCAUACCGAGGAGAGAGGGAGAGAGAGAGAGAGAAGAGAGAGAGGAGGGAGAGGAGAUGAGGAGAGAGAGCUGAGAGAGAGCGAGGGAAGAGGAGAGAGAAGAAUGGACGAGAGAGGAAUGAGGAGAAGAGAGAGAGAGAGACGAGUGAGAGAGAGAGGAGAGAGAGAGAGAGAGAGAGGGAGAGGAGGAGAGGGAGGAGAGAGAGAGAGAGAGAGAUGAGAGAGGAGAGAGAGAGAGAGAUGAGAGAGAGAGAGAGAGAGAGGAGAGAGGAAGAGGAGCGAGAGAGGAGUGUAAUAGAAGAGUGUAUUUGCACCCUCUCAUCUUUCUAUCAGAGGAGACCGUGGCAUCUCUCUACUGUAUCUCCACCUCUCUUUCUCCAUCUCUUCUGAGGGAGAUUAGAGAUAGUGAUAAUAAGGUCAGACUCCAUCUCAACAGCAUGACCUAACUGGCAGUGAUGCUAGUCAUUGUUUCAACAUCACAUUGUUAUGCAAACACGUCAUCUGGACCACACACGAAUGCACGCACACCAUCAGGAGCAUCAGGAAUCAAUGACAAGAAGACCUGUGGUUCUGAGUUGUUGUGAUAAAGGGAACAGUAAUGUAAUCCUGUUAGCUAGUAUUUCCUCAUACUGUAAGUGAAGUGGUCACUCAAGUGCCUCUUCCUUAUCAUCUCCUCCCAGAGGCAGACCAAUUAGACUGUGGUUGCAUCACAAAUGGCACCCUAUACCCUAUAUAGUACACUACUUUUGACCAGAGCCCUAUGAUGGUGCCAUUUGGGACGCACAUUAAAUGAUUCGACCCUGUUAAUCAAUCAAUCAAAUUGAUUUAUAAAGCAGAUGUCACAAAGUGCUUUUACAGAAACCCAGAUGAAAACCUCAAAGAGCAAGCAAUACAGAUAUGUAGAAGCAUGGUGGCUAGGAAAAACUCCCUAGAAAGGUAGGAACCUAGGAAGAAACCUCUGAGGGGUGGCCAGUCCUCUUCUGGCUGUGUCCGGUGGAGAUUAUAAGAGUACAUGGUCAUUAAGGCCAGAUCAUUCUUCAAGAUGUUCAAAUGUUCAUAGAUGACCAGCAGGGACAAAUAAUAAUCACAGUGGUUAUAGAGGGUGCAACAGAUCAGCACCUCAGGAAUUAAUGUCAGUUGGCUUUUCAUAGCUGAGCAUUCAGAGGUUAAGACAGAAGGUGCGGUAGAGAGAGAGAGAGGGAGAGGGAGAGAAAAGGUAGCACGUCCAGUGAGCAGGUCAGGGUUCCAUAGCUGCAGGCAGAACAGCAGAAACUGGAUCAGCAGCACGACCAGGUGGACUGGGGACGGGGACAGCCAGGAGUCGUCAAGCCAGGUAGUCCUGAGACAUUGUCCUAGGGCUCAGGUCCUCCGGGAGGAGAGAGAGAGCGAAAGAGAGAUGGAAGAAUUAGAGGGAGCAUACAUUAUUUAAGAUCACAAAGGACACCAGAUAAGACAGGAGAAUUACACAAGAUAGGACAGACUGACCCUAGCCCCCUUGCACAUAGACUACUGCAGCAUAGAUACUGGAGACUGAGACAGGGGCGGGGGUGCCGGGGGACACUGUGGCCGCGUCCGACGAUACCCCGGGACAGGGCUAACCAGGCAGGAUAUAACCCCACCCACUUUGCCAAAGCACAGCCCCCACACUACCAGAGGGAUAUCAACAGACUACCAAUUUAUUACCCUGAGACAAGGUGGAAUAUAGCCCACGAAGAUCUCCCUUACCGCAAAGAACUCCCUUACCACAAGAGCCCGAGGGGGGCGCAAAACCGGACAGGAAGAUCACGUCAGUGACUCAACCCACUCAAGUCGAGUAUAGCGAUAUUCAAUGUGAUGCACCCCUUCUAGGGACGGCAUGGGAGAGCACUAGCAAGCCAGUGACUCAUAGGGUCAGAGGCAGAGAAUCCCAGUGGAGAGGGGGAGCCAGCCAGGCAUAGACAGGAAGGGUGGUUCGUCACUCCAGUGCCUUGCCAUUCACAUUCGCACCCCUGGGCCAGACAUUACUCAAUCAUAGGACCUACUGAAGAGAUGAGUCUUCAGUAAAGACUUAAAGGUUGAGAACUAGUCUGUGUCUCUCACAUGGAUCAGCAGACCAUUCAAUAAAAAUGUAGAUCUAUAGGAGAAAGCCCUGCCUCCAGCUGUUAGCUUAGAAAUUCAAGGAAAAAUAAAGAGGCCUGCGUCUUGUGACUGUAGCGUACGUGUAGGUAUGUAUGGCAGGACCAUAUUGGAGAGAUAGGUAGGAGCAAGUCCAUGUAAUGCUUUGUAGGUUAUCAGUAAAACCUUGAAAUCAGCCCUAGCCUUAACAGGAAGCCAGAGGCUAGCGCUGGAGUAAUAUGAUAUUCUUUGGGGGGUUCUAGUCAAGAUUCUAGCAGCCGUAUUUAACAAUAGCUGAAGUUUGUUUAGUGCUUUAUCUGGGUAGCCAGAGAGUAGAGCACUGCAGUAGUCUAAUCUUGAAGUGACAAAAGCAUGGAUUAGCUUUUCGGCACAUUUUUGGACAAAACGUUUCAGAUUUUUGCAAUGAUACGAAGAUGAAAAAAAGCUGCUCUUGAAAUAUUAGUCAAAAGAGAGAUCAGGGUACAGAGUAACACCAAGAUCCUUCACAGUUUUAUUUGAGACGAUUGUAAAACCAUUGAGAUUAAUUGUCAUAUCAAACAGCAGAUCUCUUUGUUUCUUGGGACCUAUAACCAGCAUCUCUGUUUUGUCCGAGUUUAAAAGUAAAGAAUGUGCUGCCAUCCACUUCCAUAUGUCUGAAACACAGUCUUCCAGGGUAGGCCAUUUUUGGGGCUUCUCCAUGUUUCAUCGAAAUGUACAGCUGUCUGUCGUCUGCAUAGCAGUGAAUGUUGACAUUGUGUUUCCGAAUGACAUCACCAAAAGGUAGAGUAUAUAUAGUGAAACAAUAGUGGUCCUAAAACAGAUCCUCGCGCAGCUGGGCCUCUGUAAUAGAGCAGCUGGGCCUCUGUAAUCAACAAACACACACACACACACACAGACACUCACACACACACACACACACACAGCUUAUCCUCAAGUAAAACCUAAACCAUGUAGAUCUAUUGUAUUGGUUCAUAAAGGAAACACUAUGGUAUUGAUAUUGAUAAUACCUACGAUGUUGUUAUGAAUUCAGUUUUGUCUAAUUCAUUUUUCCUUCCUCAAUCGAUAUCUGGAUUGAACACAUCUUUUGUCUCUUGCCCAUCAUAAUCCCUAUCUGACUAUAACCCAUAUUUAUCUCUUCCCCGCCCUCUCUCCAGGUUCCUCCCAUCCUAUUGGACAAGCAGUUCUCUGACUUCACUCCUGACAUCACACCCAUCAUCCUGGCAGCUCACACCAACAACUAUGAGAUCAUCAAACUGCUGGUGCAGAAGGGGGUGUCCGUGCCCCAGCCACAUGAGGUGGGUCUGAAUCAGGAUAUAUGCUACACUAUGGUGUAGCACUAUGGUAAAUGAUAAAGUACUACAUGCUACGGUAUGAUAUAGUAUGUAAUGUAGUACAGUACAAUAGUCACAGCAGGCUACACUACACUAUACAGUAUGAUACAAUAGUAGAGUACAGUAUGAUAGUUACAAUACUGCCCUCCCUCCACUAACUCUCCAGUACCGGUGUGUGUUCCAGGUGCGCUGUAACUGCAUGGAGUGUGUGUCCAGCUCUGAUGUGGAUAGUCUGCGUCACUCCCGCUCUCGUCUCAACAUCUACAAGGCCCUUGCCAGCCCAUCACUCGUGGCCCUCUCCAGUGAAGACCCUUUCCUCACAGCCUUCCAGCUCUCCUGGGAACUACAGGAGCUCAGCAAGGUGGAGUUUUUAACAGCUAUUUGCUAAGUUUAUUAAAUUAAAAUAAAUUGAGCUGGAGGAUGAGUUUGAGUCAAAGAAGAGUGAGGAGUUGUCUCAGCAGUGUACUUUAUAAGCAGUUUAUGGAGUAUUUAUUUACUUAGUUAAUUCUUAUGUGGAACAUAAGGCUUCCACAAGAGAGUGCCACUGACACCAAUCUUCUGCCUUUUAGGAGAUGGACGGUGUUCCAUAACAGUGUUUAUUUGUGCUCGACUUUUAACUAACAGUUUAUUCCUGUUUCAGGUGGAGAAAGAGUUUAUGUCAGAGUAUAAGGAGUUGUCCUAGCAGUAUAGAUGCUUUAUAAAGAGUUUUUAACUGGUUUAUUGACUAUUAACUAACAGUUUCUGACUGUUUCAGGUGGAGAAUGAGUUUAUGUCGGAGUAUGAGGAGUUAUCUCAGCAGUGUAAACAGUUUGCCAAGGACCUGUUGGACCAAACCAGGAGCUCCAGAGAACUAGAGCUGAUCCUGAACUACAGAGAUGACAUCAACCCUAUACUUGAUGAGAACACCAAUGACCUGGCCAGACUCAAACUGGCUAUCAAAUACAGACAGAAAGAGGUAAGAUAUAAUUCAUGUUUCCUCAGGAACCUAUGUUUAUUGUCAUUUUUCUGCAUGUUGAAGCUUGGCCAGGUGAAUCUCCCGCCCAAUGUCUUUGGUACAGCUGAGGAUUUUACAUGUUGUAUUUCAGAGGAUAAAGCAUGAAGCUAACUUCUGCUGUUAUCUCUAAAAUAGGAUUAAGAAGUAGUAGAUGGCCGGAUUUGGGUGGAGACUUCCUAUGGGAGUUGUAAUUAUGUGGUAAUCACCAGGCUGUGUCUGAAAAUGGCAUCCUUCCUUAGUGAAACAACACAUUACUGGAGCUACACUACAUGACCAAAAGUAUGUGGACACCUGCUCGUCAAACAUCUCAUUCCAAAAUCAUGGGCAUUCAUAUGUAGUUGGUCCCCUGUUUUCUGCUUUAACAGCCUCCACACUUCUGGGAAAGCUUUCCACUAGAUGUUUGAACAUUGCUGCGGCGACUUGCUUCUUUUCAGCCACAAGAGCAUUAGUGAGGUUGGACACUGAUGUUGGGCGAUUAGUCCUGGCUCGCAGUCGGCAUUCCAGUUCAUCCCAAAGGUGUUCGAUGGGGUUGAGGUCAGGGCUCUGUGCAGGCCAGUCAAGUUCUUCCACACCAAUCUCGACAAAACAUUUAUGUAUGGACCUCGCUUUGUGCACUGAGGCGUUGUCAUGCUGAAACAGGAAAGGGCCUUCCCGAAACUGUUGCCACAAAGUUGGAAGCACAGAAUCGUCUAGAAUGUCAUUGUAUGCUGUAGCGUUAAGAUUUCCCUUCACUAGCCCAAACCAUGGAAAACAGCUCCAGACCAUUAUUCCUUCUCAACCAAACUUUACAGUUGGUAGUAUGCAUUUGGGCAGGUACAGUGCCUUGCAAAAGUAUUCAUCCCCCUUUGAGUUUUUCCUAUUUUGUUGCAUUACAACCUGUAAUUUAAAUUUAUUUUUAUUUGGCUUUAAUGUAAUGGACAUACACAAAAUAGUCCAAAUUGGUGAAGUGGAAUGAAAAAAAUAACUUGUUUAAAAAUAUUCUACAAAAUAAAUAACGGAAAAGUGGUGCGUGCAUAUGUAUUCACCCCCUUUGCUAUGAAGCCCCUAAAUAAGAUCUGGUGCAACCAAUUACCUUCAGAAGUCACAUAAUUAGUUAAAUAAAGUCCACCUGUGUGCAAUCUAAGUGUCACAUGAUCUUAGUAUAUAUACACCUGUUCUGAAAGGCCCCAGAGUCUGCAACACCACUAAGCAAGGGGCACCAUUUACAUUUAAGUCAUUUAGCAGAUGCUCUUAUCCAGAGCGACUUACAGUCAGUGAGUGCAUACCUUUUAAUUUUUUAUACUGGAAUCAAACCCACAACCCUGGCGUUGCAAAUGCCAUACCAACUGAGCUACAUCCCUGCCAGCCAUUCCAUCCCCUACCUUGGGCAACGCUGGGCCAAUUGUGCGCCGCCCCAUGGGUCUCCCGGUCAGUUACGACAGAGCUUGGAUUCGAACCAGGAUCUCUAGUAGCACAGCUAGCACUGCCUUAGACCACUGCGCCACUCGGGAGGACACCAAGCAAGACUGGUGUCCACCAUGAAGACCAAGGAGCUCUCCAAACAGGUCAGGGACAAAGUUGUGGAGAAGAAACCCUACCUCUUUAAGGAAUACCUGGAAUAGUAGAAAAGUCAUCCUUCUCAUCACCCGAGAACACCAUCCCCACAGUGAAGCAUGGUGGUGGCAGCAUCAUGCUGUGGGGAUGUUUUUCAUCGGCAGGGGACUGGGAAACUGGUCAGAAUUGAAGGAAUGAUGGAUGGUGCUAAAUACAGGGAAAUUCUUGAGGGAAACCUGUUUCAGUCUUCCAGAGAUUUGAGACUGGGACAGAGGUUCACCUUCCAGCAGGACAAUGACCCUAAGCAUACUGCUAAAGCAACACUCGAGUGGUUUAAGGGGAAACAUUUAAAUGUCUUGGAAUGGCCUAGUCAAAGCUCAGACCACAAUCCAAUUGAGAAUCUGUGGUAUGACUUAAAGAUUGCUGUACACCAGCGGAACCCAUCCAACUUGAAGGAGCUGGAGCAGUUUUGUCUUGAAGAAUAGGCAAAAAUCCCAGUGGCUAGAUGUGCCAAGCUUAUAGAGACAUACCCCAAGAGACUUGCAGCUGUAAUUGCUGCAAAAGGUGGCUCUACAACGUAUUGACUUUGGGGGGGGUGAAUAGUUAUGCACGCUCAAGUUUUCAGUUUUUUUGUCUUAUUUCUUGUUUGUUUCACAAUAACAAAUAUCUUCAAAGUGGUAGGCAUGUUAUUUAAAUCAAAUGAUACAAACCCUCAAAAAAUCCAUUUUAAUUCCAGGUUGUAAGGCAACAAAAUAGGAAAAAUGCCAAGGGGGGUGAAUACUUUCUCAAGCCACUGUAGCGUUCUCCUGGCAUCCGCCAAACCCAGAGUAGUCCGUCGGACUACCAGAUGGUGAAGCACGAUUCAUCACUGCAGAGAACGCAUUUCCACUGCUCCAGAGUCCAAUGGCGUCGGGCCUUACACCACUCCAACCGACACUUGGGAUUGGACAUGGUUAUCUUAGGCUUGUGUGCGGCUGCUUGGACAUGGAAACCCAUUUCAUUAAGCUCCCGACGAACAGUUCUUGUGCUGACAUUUCUUCCAGAUGCAGUUUGGAACUUGGUAGGACAGACGGUUUUUAAAAAGCUACGCUCUUCAGCACUUGAUGGUCCCGUUCUGUGAGCUUGUGUGGCCUACCACUUCGCGGCUGAGCCGUUGUUGCUCCUUGACGUUUCCUCUUCACAACAACAGCACUUACAGUUGAUCGGGGCAGCUCUAGCAGGGCACGAACUGACUUGUUAGAAAGGUGGCAUCCUAUGUAAGGCCAUCUACUGCCAAUGUUUGUCUGUGGAGAUUGUAUGGCUGUGUGCUCGAUUUUAUACACCUGUCAGCAACGGGUGUGGCUGAAAUAGCCGAAUCCACUCAUUUGAAGGGGUGUCCACAUACUUUUGUACAUACAGUGCGUUCGGAAAGUAUUCAGACCCCUUUACGUUUUCUAUAUUUUGUUACGUUACAGCCUUAUUCUAAAAUGAAUUAACUAAAAAAAAUCCUCAUCAAUCUACACACAAUACCCCAUAAUGACAAAGCAAAAACAGGUUUUUAGAAAUCUUUGCAAAUGUAUUAAAAAUAAAAAACAGAAAUACCUUAUUUACAUAAGUAUUCAGACCCUUUGCUAUGAGACUCGAAAUUGAGCACAGGUACAUCCUGUUUCCAUUGAUCAUCCUUGAGAUGUUUCUACAGCUUGAUUGGAGUCCACCUGUGGUAAAUUCAAUUGAUUGGACAUGAUUUGGAAAGGCACACACCUGUCUAUAUAAGGUCACACAGUUGACAGUGCAUGUCAGAGCAAAAACCAAGCCAUGAGGUCGAAGGAAUUGUCCGUAGAGCUCCGAGACAGGAUUGUGUUGAGGCACAGAUCUGGGGAAGGUUACCAAAAAAUGUCUGCAGCAUUGAAGGUCCCCAAUAACACAGUGGCCUCCAUCAUUCUUAAAUGGAAGAAGUUUGUAACCACCAAGACUCUUCCUAGAGCUGGCCGCCCGGCCAAACUGAGCAAUCGGGGGAGAAGGGCCUUGGUCAGGGAGGUGACCAAGAACCCGAUGGUCACUAUGACAGAGCUCUAGAAUUCCUCUGUGGAGAUGGGGGAACCUUCCAGAAGGACAACCAUCUCUGCAGCACUCCGCCAAUCAGGCCUUUAUGGUAGAGUGGCCAGACGGAAAACACUUCUCAGUAAAAGGCACAUGACAUCCCACUUGGAGUUUACCAAAAGGCACCUGAAGACUCUCAGACCAUGAGAAACAAGAUUCUCUGGUCUGAUGAAACCAAGAUUGAACUCUUUCGCCUGAAUGCCAAGCGUCACGUCUGGAGUAAACCUGGCACCAUCCCUACGGUGAAGCAUGGUGGUGACAGCAUCAUGCUGUGGGGAUGUUUUUCAGCGGAAGGGACUUGAGACUAGUCAGGAUCGAGGCAAAGCUGAACGGAGCAAAGUACAGAGAGAUUCUUGAUGAAAACGUGCUCCAGAGUGCUCAGGACCUCAGACUGGGGCAAAGGUUCACCUUCCAACAGGACAACAACACUAAGCACACAGCCAAGACAACACAGGAGUGGCUUACGGGACAAGUCUCUGAAUGUCCUUGAGUGGCCCAGCCAGAGCCUGGACUUGAACCCGAUCAAACAUCUCUGGAGAGACCUGAAAAUAGCUGUGCAGCAACACUCAAUCCAACCUGACAGAGCUUGAGAGGAUCUGCAGAAAGGAAUGGGAGAAACUCCCCAUAUACAGGUGUGCCAAGCUUGUAGCGUCAUACACAUGAAGACACGAGGCAGUAAUCACUGCCAAAGAUGCUUCAACAAAGUACUGAGUAAAGGGUCUGAAUACUUAUGUAAAUGUGAUAUUUCCGUUUUUUAUUUUUUUAAAUAAAUUUGCAAACAUUUCUAAAAACCUGUUUUUGCUUUGUUAUUAUGGGGUAUUGUGUGUAGAUUGAUAAGUGAAAAAAACGAUUUAAUCAACUUUAGAAUAAGGCUGUAACGUAACAAAAUGUGGAAAAAGUCAAGGGGUCUGAAUACUCAGUCUGCUGUCCAGUCCCUUGAUGGGAACAUAAUGAAACAUAAUGAUACAUCAAUAAUGAUGCUACAAAUAUGAUAAUGCUCUGACUGAAUGUUUCCUUGGGAUACUAACUCACAAUACAUCUAAAUUACACAGAAAGCAGCAUGCACAGGAAAACAACAACCUUGGCCACGUCCCAUUUGGCACCCUAUUCCCUAUUUAAUAGUAGUGCACUAACUAGGGAAUAAAUAGUGUGUGGGGUUCAGACAUUUUGUGCUCUUCUCAUGGCUUGUAUGCCGUCAGUAGUUUGUGGGAAUAUUGUCUCAUGUUAAGUGUACAGCACUGUAUUGUGAAUGUUUUGUUUAUUUUUGGUUGCUGCUACGGAUACUGUAGAUGAGCAGGUACAGUAAGGUUAUGAAAUGGAAGUUGUGAAAUGUUGCCCCCUCCUGAGUAGAAGUGGAUACUGCAUAUGUUCUCACCUAGAGAGUGAAGUGGACUGAGAACUGCAGAAAAAACACAAAUUCAUUGCUAAAUACUUUUAACCCUUUCCAUGAGAUGGACAUUUACAGUAUGACACUGUGGAAAAUACACAACAUGCUAUAUCGCUUUAGAGUUAGGGAUAGAACAGAGAUAAGACUCAAGUCUCCAUAGAGAGACAUUUAUAAAGAACUCCAUGUUCCUGUUUGAAAGAGUGCCUGUCUGUCAAAUCUGUUCCUCAUUAAACAUGAUUAUGUUUUUGUCUCUGUGAGAUUUGAUAGAACCAUCUGCUGAACAUCUGCGCUGCUCUGUGUGACGGUGAGGUUAAUCUCAGUCUAACAGAAUUACAAAGAAAUUACAACCAAAUGGAUCCCCAUCACUUAGAGCAGGGCAUUGUGGGGGAUGAGGUCAUUAGUGAGGUCAUCAGUUAGAGAGCGACUGAGACAGAGAGUGUUUUAGAUAGUGCCUGAGACUAAUAGAGUGUUCCUUAUCAAACCUUGUAAGCAGAGGCUGAUCUGAGAGACAUACCCUUUUCACACUACUGAGCCUAGUUGAGCCUAACUGUAAUGGUCUGGUUACACAUCCACCACAGUUCCUGGAACCGUGCUGACAAGGACAAUAUGAAGAGAAAGCAUCCGACACAGCGCAGAACAGUGUGUGAAGAGGAUAUUAGAGAGGAACAGAGAUGCCAGGGAGGGACACUUGGGACCAGGCCAGGGACAGCUGGUAACACUCAUCAGAAUGAUCAUGCACAUUAAGGUCAUUAACAGCUUGAGGUGAUGCUGGACUAAACCAGACUGAACAGUCAUUGACUGCGUCACAAAUGGCACAUAGAGUGUCAUUUGGGAUGCACACAUAAUGUAAUCUGGGAACUCAAUUGACCUCCUCCAUUAGCUGAGUGUGUUUACUGCUGUGCCCAACUGUCCAACUGUCCAACUGUCAGUAUGCUGUAUGCUGUACCCAACUGCCCAGGCUUGCUUAAGAUGUGCCUGUUUUCGUGUCAGUUGUUUGUCAAUGUGGAGUGGAAAGCAAGUGAGAAAGAAUAGUAAACAUUGUGAAGUUGCAUUAGACACACAGGUCUCCAAUAACAACUCAUCAGUAAUGUAUCAUAAAGGCUGAUUCACUCUCUCUUUCCCUCCCUCCCUCCCUCCCUCCCUCCCUCCCUCCCUCCCUCCCUCCCUCCCUCCCUCCCUCCCUCUUCAUACCUCCUCUAUCCCUCUCUCCCUCCUCUUUUUCCUCCCUCCCUCUCUCUCUCUCCUUUCCUCCCCUCCCCUCCCCUCCCCCUUCUCCCCUCCCCUCCUCCUCAAUCUCCCUCCUCCAGUUUGUAGCCCAGCCCAACUGUCAGCAGUUGCUUGCGUCUCGUUGGUACGAUGAAUUCCCUGGGUGGAGGCGUCGUCACUGGGCAGGGAAAUUCCUAACCUGUGUCUUCAUCGGCCUCCUCUUCCCCGUCUUCUCCCUUUGCUACCUGGUCUCUCCUAAGAGCCGCUAUGGAUACUUCAUCAGGCAAGUGGCCUAGAGGUUAGAGAGGCAGGCCAGCAACUAGAGGGUUGCCAGUUUGAAUCCCUGGUCUGAUGGGAAAAAUCUGUCAGGGAGCUUCCCUGGUCUGAUGGGAAAAAUCUGUCAGGGAGCUGAAGUUGAAUUUCUGUUGGACAAUAAAGUAAUCUUCUUCUUCAUCAUUAGGAAGCCCUUCAUCAAGUUUAUCUGCCACACAACGUCGUAUCUCACCUUCCUGUUCCUGCUGCUGCUGGCCUCUCAGCACAUCGUCUCUACAGACCCCAACAGACAGGGGCCGACUCCUACUGUGGUGGAAUGGAUGAUACUGCCCUGGGUACUGGGUAAGAGUGUGUGUGUGCGCGCGUAGAUGUGCUGAUCAAGAAAGGAAAGACCCGGACACAUGCUGCUCCCUCCCUAGUGCUUUAUUCCUGCACUAUGAUACAUAACAAGAUUUCAACUUCACAGAAGGUCAGCUGAUAAUAGAGUGUCAUUUGAGACAUACCAAGUAAACUGCUAUUGAUGUUAAUGAUGUUAGUUGAUGACAAUUCUGACAGGAAAUGGUGGAAACCAAGCUUGUGUUUCAGCCCAAUACUCUAUCUACCUUUUACAGCUGGUUUUCAUGCAUUGAACGCACACUGUAUUGUAAGACAACCCAGCCUAUGUGUUUCCUAUGUAACUCCCAUUAUGGUGUUCUGUUCAGUACAACCGCAUGGCAGGAUGCAUGGGUAUGCUACCUGUCUACCUGCUCAUAACUGUCUACCUGUCCUGCAUCACCGCUUGAUAUGGCAAAUGCACCACCCUCAAUAGCAAAGCGCUACAGAGGGUAGUGUGGACAGCCCUGUACGUCACUGGGGCCGAGCUCCCUGCAAUCCAGGACCUCUAUAUCAGGCGAUGUCAGAGGAAGGCCCGAAAAAUUGCCAAAGACAGCAGCUACCCAAGACAUACCGUCCAGCAAAUGGUACCGGAGCAUCGGCUCUUGAACUAACAGGCUCCGAAACAGAUAGAAACAGACACAUAACACGCAUACCGACAACACAAACAUACAUACAGACGUAGGAUCUUAAUUUGAGCCAGAUUGCUACAGCAGGAAAAUAAUCCUGCAGCAACAGGAAAUGUAAAUGAUUAUGUGGAUUAUAAUGAAUGGACAUUUUGGUAGGGAUUGAUAUAUUUUACGUUAGGGCAAAUCAAUUUCAAAGUGGAAAUCACAAACUUUAGAAUACUUUUCAAAACUCAAAUACACUACAAGUUUGCAUUUCCUGCAAUGCUGGAAAAUUCUCAACAACAAAAAAGUGGUCAAGUUAAGAUCCUACAUCUGUACACACACAUGCAUAACGAGUCACUUUGCCCUGCCUUCAUGUACAUAUCUACCUGAAAUACCUCAUACCCCUGCACAUUGAUCUGGUACUGGUACUCCCUGUACAUACAGUAGCUCCAUUCUUGUGUAUUUUAUUCCUCUUGUGUUACUAUUUUAUUUUUAUUAUAAUUAUUUAACUCUGCAUCGUUUGGAAGGGCUCAUAAGCAAGCAUUUCACGGUUAAGUCUACACCUGUUGUAUUCAGCGCAUGUGACAAAUACAAUUUGAGUUGAUUUGAACACUCCCUCUUCACCUGAGGAAUGUGGCCAUAGAUCAGAAAAGUGAGACAGACAUGAUAGAUUAGCUCUGCCGGGCGUCAGACAGACAUGACAACCCUAACCCUAACUCUAGGUCUGUGUCCCAAAUGGCACCAUAUUCCCUAUUUAGAUCACUACUUUUGACCCCCAUAGGCCCUCUUCAAAAGUAGUGCACUAUGUAGGGAAUAGGGUGAGUUACAUAGGGCUCUGGUCAAAACGGAUUUACGUAGGGCUCUGGUCAAAAGUAAUGCACUUUGUAAGGGAUAUGAUGCCAUUUGGGACAUAAUUAACCCUGCUGGUCUGUUCUCUGUCCUAUAGGCUUCAUCUGGACAGAGAUCAAACAGAUGUGGGAUGGAGGAUUCCAGGACUAUAUCCAUGACUGGUGGAACCUCAUGGACUUUGUUAUGAACUCUCUGUACCUGGCUACCAUCUCUCUGAAGAUUGUUGCCUAUGUCAAGGUAUGAUGGUUGUUGUGUACUAGAUAAUAUGAAAUACGCUUGAAUAAAUCGGCAACGAAUUCUUGAAAAUUCAACCAGCUGACACUCAGGCUUCAUUAAAAUGAAUAGGAGCAGCUCACGCUCGUCAAAAGUUGUCAGGUGGAGCAGGCCUAUUGGACUUACUAUGGAAUGUCCCCUCUCCGUCUCUCCCUCUCUCCCACAGUAGACUCUGACCUGUCUCCUCUCUGUCUCUUCCAUCUCUCCCACAGUAGACUCUGACCUGUCCCCUCUCCGUCUCUCCCUCUCUUCCACAGUAGACUCUGAUCUGUCCCCUCUCCGUCUCUUCCAUCUCUCCCACAGUAGACUCUGACCUGUCCCCUCUCCGUCUCUCCCUAUCUCCCACAGUAGACUCUGACCUGUCCCCUCUCUCUCUCCCUCUCUCCCACAGUAGACUCUGACCUGUCCCCUCUCUGUCUCUCCCUCUCUCCCACAGUAGACUCUGACCUGUCCCCUCUCUGUCUCUCCAUCUCUCCCACAGUAGACUCUGACCUGUCCCCUCUCUGUCUCUCCAUCUCUCCCACAGUAGACUCUGACCUGUCCCCUCUCCGUCUGUCCCUCUCUCCCACAGUAGACUCUGACUUGUCCCCUCUCUCUCUCCAUCUCUCCCACAGUAGACUCUGACCUGUCCCCUCUCUGUCUCUCCAUCUCUCCCACAGUAGACUCUGACCUUUCCCCUCUCUGUCUCUCCAUCUCUCCCACAGUAGACUCUGACCUGUCCCCUAUCCGUCUCUCCCUCUCUCCCACAGUAGACUCUGACCUGUCCCCUCGCCGUCUCUCCAUCUCUCCCACAGUAGACUCUGACCUGUCCCCUCGCUGUCUCUCCAUCUCUCCCACAGUAGACUCUGACCUGUCCCCUCUCUGUCUCUCCAUCUCUCCCACAGUAGACUCUGACCUGUCCCCUCUCUGUCUCUCCAUCUCUCCCACAGUAGACUCUGACCUGUCCCCUCUCUGUCUCGACAUCUCUCCCACAGUAGACUCUGACCUGUCCCCUCUCCGUCUCUCCCUCUCUCCCACAGUAGACUCUGACCUGUCCCCUCGCCAUCUCUCCAUCUCUCCCACAGUAGACUCUGACCUGUCCCCUCGCUGUCUCUCCAUCUCUCCCACAGUAGACUCUGACCUGUCCCCUCUCUGUCUCUCCAUCUCUCCCACAGUCGACUCUGACCUGUCCCCUCUUUCUCUCUCCAUCUCUCCCACAGUAGACUCUGACCUGUCCCCUCUCUGUCUCGCCAUCUCUCCCACAGUAGACUCUGACCUGUCCCCUCUCCGUCUCUCCAACUCUCCCACAGUAGACUCUGACCUGUCCCCUCGCUGUCUCUACAUCUCUCCCACAGUGGACUCUGACCUGUCCCCUCGCCGUCUCUCCAUCUCUCCCACAGUAGACUCUGACCUGUCCCCUCUUUGUCUCUCCAUCUCUCCCACAGUAGACUCUGACCUGUCCCCUCUCUGUCUCGCCAUCUCUCCCACAGUAGACUCUGACCUGUCCCCUCUCCGUUUCUCCCUCUCUCCCACAGUAGACUCUGACCUGUCCCCUCGCCGUCUCUCCAACUCUCCCACAGUAGACUCUGACCUGUCCCCUCGCUGUCUCUACAUCUCUCCCACAGUGGACUCUGACCUGUCCCCUCGCCGUCUCUCCAUCUCUCCCACAGUAGACUCUGACCUGUCCCCUCGCUGUCUCUCCAUCUCUCCCACAGUAGACUCUGACCUGUCCCCUCUCCGUCUCUCCCUCUCUCCCACAGUAGACUCUGAUCUGUCCCCUCGCUGUCUCUCCAUCUCUCCCACAGUAGACUCUGACCUGUCCCCUCUCCGUCUCUCCCUCUCUCCCACAGUAGACUCUGACCUGUCCCCUCUCCGUCUCUCCCUCUCUCCCACAGUAGACUCUGACCUGUCCCCUUUCUGUCUCUCCAUCUCUCCCACAGUAGACUCUGACCUGUCCCCUCUCUGUCUCUCCAUCUCUCCCACAGUAGACGCUGACCUGUCCCCUCGCUGUCUCUCCAUCUCUCCCACAGUAGACUCUGACCUGUCCCCUCUCCGUCUCUCCCUCUCUCCCAGAGUAGACUCUGACCUGUCCCCUCUCCGUCUCUCCCUCUCUCCCACAGUAGACUCUGACCUGUCCCCUCUCCGUCUCUCCCUCUCUCCCACAGUAGACUCUGACCUGUCCCCUCUCUGUCUCUCCAUCUCUCCCACAGUAGACUCUGACCUGUCCCCUCUCUGUCUCUCCAUCUCUCCCACAGUAGACUCUGAUCUGUCCCCUCGCUGUCUCUCCAUCUCUCCCACAGUAGACUCUGACCUGUCCACUCUCCAUCUCUCCCUCUCUCCCAGAGUAGACUCUGACCUGUCCCCUCUCCGUCUCUCCCUCUCUCCCACAGUAGACUCUGACCUGUCCCCUCUCUGUCUCUCCAUCUCUCCCACAGUAGACUCUGACCUGUCCCCUCUCUGUCUCUCCAUCUCUCCCACAGUAGACUCUGACCUGUCCCCUCUCUGUCUCUCAUCUCUCCCACAGUAGACUCUGACCUGUCCCCUCUCCGUCUCUCCCUCUCUCCCACAGUAGACUCUGACCUGUCCCCUCACCAUCUCUCCAUCUCUCCCACAGUAGACUCUGACCUGUCCCCUCGCUGUCUCUACAUCUCUCCCACAGUGGACUCUGACCUGUCCCCUCUCCGUCUCUCCAUCUCUCCCACAGUGGACUCUGACCUGUCCCCUCUCUGUCUCUCCCUCUCUCCCACAGUAGACUCUGACCUGUCCCCUCUCUGUCUCUCCAUCUCUCCCACAGUAGACUUUGACCUGUCCCCUCUCUGUCUCUCCAUCUCUCCCACAGUAGACUCUGACCUGUCCCCUCUCCGUCUCUCCUUCUCUCCCACAGUAGACUCUGACCUGUCCCCUCUCUGUCUCUCCAUCUCUCCCACAGUAGACUCUGACCUGUCCCCUCUCUGUCUCUCCAUCUCUCCCACAGUAGACUCUGACCUGUCCCCUCUCUGUCUCUCCAUUUCUCCCACAGUAGACUCGGACCUGUCCCCUCUCCGUCUCUCCCUCUCUCCCACAGUAGACUCUGACCUGUCUCCUCUCCGUCUCUCCGUAUCUCCCUCUCUCCCACAGUAGACUCUGACCAGUCCCCUCUCCGUCUCUCCCUCUCUCCCACAGUAGACUCUGACCUGUCUCCUCUCCGUCUCUCCGUCUCUCCCUCUCUCCCACAGUAGACUCUGACCUGUCCCCUCUCCGUCUCUCCCUCUCUCCCACAGUAGACUCUGACCUGUCCCCUCUCUGUCUCUCCAUCUCUCCCACAGUAGACUCUGACCUGUCCCCUCUCUGUCUCUCCAUCUCUCCCACAGUAGACUCUGACCUGUCCCCUCUCCGUCUCUCCCUCUCUCCCACAUUAGACUCUGACCUGUCAUCUCGCCAUCUCCCCAUCUCUCCCACAGUAGACUCUGACCUGUCCCCUCGCUGUCUCUCCAUCUCUCCCACAGUAGACUCUGACCUGUCCCCUCUCCGUCUCUCCCUCUCUCCCACAGUAGACUCUGACCUGUCACCCUCACCGUCUCUCCAUCUCUCCCACAGUGGACUCUGACCUGUCCCCUCUCCGUCUCUCCAUCUCUCCCACAGUGGACUCUGACCUGUCCCCUCGCUGUCUCUCCAUCUCUCCCACAGUAGACUCUGACCUGUCCCCUCUCCGUCUCUCCCUCUCUCCCACAGUGGACUCUGACCUGUCCCCUCGCUGUCUCUCCAUCUAUCCCACAGUAGACUCUGACCUGUCCCCUCUCCGUCUCUCUCUCUCUCCCACAGUAGACUGAGCUGUCCCCUCGCUGUCUCUCCAUCUCUCCCACAGUAGACUCUGACCUGUCCCCUCUCCGUCUCUCCCUCUCUCCCACAGUAGACUCUGACCUGUCCCCUCUCCGUCUCUCCAUCUCUCCCAAAGUAGACUCUGACCUGUCCCCUCUCCAUCUCUCCAUCUCUCCCACAGUAGACUCUGACCUGUCCCCUCUCCGUCUCUCCAUCUCUCCCACAGUGGACUCUGACCUGUCCCCUCUCCGUCUCGCCCUCUCUCCCACAGUCGACUCUGAUCUGUCCCUUCGCUGUCUCUCCAUCUCUCCCACAGUGGACUCUGACCUGUCCCCUCUCCGUCUCUCCCUCUCUCCCACAGUAGACUCUGACCUGUCCCCUCGCGGUCUCUCCCUCUCUCCCACAGUAGACUCUGACCUGUCCCCUCUCUGUCUCUCCCUCUCUCCCACAGUAGACUCUGACCUGUCCCCUCUCCGUCUCUCCCUCUCUCCCUCAUUAGACUCUGACCUGUCAUCUCGCCAUCUCCCCAUCUCUCCCACAGUGGACUCUGACCUGUCCCCUCUCCGUCUCUCCAUCUCUCCCACAGUGGACUCUGACCUGUCCCCUCGCUGUCUCUCCAUCUCUCCCACAGUAGACUCUGACCUGUCCCCUCUCCGUCUCUCCCUCUCUCCCACAGUAGACUCUGACCUGUCCCCCUCGCGGUCUCUCCCUCUCUCCCACAGUAGACUCUGACCUGUCCCCUCGCUGUCUCUCCAUCUCUCCCACAGUAGACUCUGACCUGUCCCCUCGCUGUCUCUCCAUCUCUCCCACAGUAGACUCUGACCUGUCCCCUCUCCGUCUCUCCCUCUCUCCCACAGUAGACUCUGACCUGUCCCCUCGCGGUCUCUCCCUCUCUCCCACAGUAGACUCUGACAUGUCCCCUCGCUGUCUCUCCAUCUCUCCCACAGUAGACUCUGACCUGUCCCCUCUCCGUCUCUCCCUCUCUCCCACAGUAGACUCUGACCUGUCCCCUCGCCGUCUCUCCAUCUCUCCCACAGUGGACUCUGACCUGUCCCCUCUCCGUCUCUCCAUCUCUCCCACAGUGGACUCUGACCUGUCCCCUCGCUGUCUCUCCAUCUCUCCCACAGUAGACUCUGACCUGUCCCCUCUCCGUCUCUCCCUCUCUCCCACAGUGGACUCUGACCUGUCCCCUCGCUGUCUCUCCAUCUAUCCCACAGUAGACUCUGACCUGUCCCCUCUCCGUCUCUCUCUCUCUCCCACAGUAGACUCUGAGCUGUCCCCUCGCUGUCUCUCCAUCUCUCCCACAGUAGACUCUGACCUGUCCCCUCUCCGUCUCUCCCUCUCUCCCACAGUAGACUCUGACCUGUCCCCUCUCCGUCUCUCCAUCUCUCCCAAAGUAGACUCUGACCUGUCCCCUCUCCAUCUCUCCAUCUCUCCCACAGUAGACUCUGACCUGUCCCCUCUCCGUCUCUCCAUCUCUCCCACAGUGGACUCUGACCUGUCCCCUCGCUGUCUCUCCAUCUCUCCCACAGUAGACUGACCUGUCCCCUCUCCGUCUCUCCCUCUCUCCCACAGUGGACUCUGACCUGUCCCCUCGCUGUCUCUCCAUCUAUCCCACAGUAGACUCUGACCUGUCCUCUCUCCGUCUCUCUCUCUCUCCCACAGUAGACUCUGAGCUGUCCCCUCGCUGUCUCUCCAUCUCUCCCACAGUAGACUCUGACCUGUCCCCUCUCCAUCUCUCCCUCUCUCCCACAGUAGACUCUGACCUGUCCCCUCUCCGUCUCUCCAUCUCUCCCACAGUAGACUCUGACCUGUCCCCUCUCCGUCUCUCCAUCUCUCCCACAGUGGACUCUGACCUGUCCCCUCUCCGUCUCGCCCUCUCUCCCACAGUAGACUCUGAUCUGUCCCUUCGCUGUCUCUCCAUCUCUCCCACAGUGGACUCUGACCUGUCCCCUCUCCGUCUCUCCCUCUCUCCCACAGUAGACUCUGACCUGUCCCCUCGCGGUCUCUCCCUCUCUCCCACAGUAGACUCUGACCUGUCCCCUCUCCGUCUCUCCCUCUCUCCCACAGUAGACUCUGACCUGUCCCCUCGCUGUCUCUCCCUCUCUCCCACAGUAGACUCUGACCUGUCCCCUCUCCGUCUCUCCCUCUCUCCCACAGUAGACUCUGACCUGUCCCCUCGCCAUCUCUCCAUCUCUCCCACAGUAGACUCUGACCUGUCCCCUCUCUGUCUCUCCCGCUCUCCCACAGUAGACUCUGACCUGCCCCCUCGCUGUCUCUCCCUCUCUCCCACAGUAGACUCUGACCUGUCCCCUCUCUGUCUCUCCCUCUCUCCCACAGUACAGCGGCUUCAGGGCCAGGAACGAAUGGCAGAUGUGGCAUCCUACCCUGGUAGCAGAAGCUGUGUUUGCCAUCGCUAACAUCUUCAGCUCCCUCCGCCUCAUCUCUCUGUUUACAGCUAACUCACACCUGGGACCUCUACAGGUCAGGAUUAUCAUACUACGUUUACAUGAUUUGUAAUUUAAUACUAUGUUUCUGUCAUUAUGUCCAGGGGCAGUAUGUAUUAAGGGUCUUAGGGUAGGACUGCUAAUUUAGGAUCAGUUUUUCCUUUUAUUUAAAGGAAAAAUAUUACAUGGUCAGGGGAGGACCUGAUCCUAGAUCAGCAAUCCUACUCUGAGAAGAUUGAUACUUAUGACCCAUGAUCUGUAAAGCUGCAAUUUAUUGUAUGAAAGGUUCUAGUUUAUGAUGAUGAUGAUGAUGAAUAUGAUGAUAAUCCUCAUUAUUCCAGAUCUCUCUGGGCAGGAUGCUGCUGGACAUCCUUAAAUUCCUGUUUAUCUACUGCCUGGUGCUCCUGGCCUUCGCUAACGGGCUCAACCAGCUCUACUUCUACUACGAGACAGACAAGGGCCUGAAGGGAUGCAAGGGCAUCCGCUGCGAAACACAGAACAACGCUUUUUCAACGUUAGUAAAGACCAUGCAUUAUAAUGUGUUCGUUUGUAACAUGUUUAAGUUUUGGUAGGGUUAAAAAACUUUGUUAACUUUCCCAGAAUUCCCGGAAUCAUUAGGCAAUUAGCAGGAAACCCAGGAAUUUCUGGAAUUUGGGGAAAGUUACUGGAAUUUUGCAACCUUACAUUUUUAUCGUUUAGACGGAUACGUAUGUUUUGCCAAUUGCCUGGAUUAGGGCAAAAGUAGAAUGGCAGCCUUUUAUGAUAUCUUGACUAUUCUUGUAGAUCCUGCUUACCUUAUAUAUUUAGAAAUAUAACCCCCUCUCCCUUUUAUCUCUCUCUCUCUCGCUCUCUCUUUCAUCCCUUUCUCUCUCUCUCUCUCUGUCUCUCUCUCUCUCUCUCGCUCUUUCAUCACUUUCACUCGCUUUCUCUCUCUUUCAUCCCUUUCACUCAUCUCCCUCUCCCUCUCAUCUCUUUCUUUCUCUCUCAUCUCUCUAUCUUUCUCCUCUAGGUUGUUUGAGACGCUCCAGUCUUUGUUCUGGUCUGUCUUUGGGUUGAUCAGUCUGUAUGUGACCAACGUGGAGGCAGACCACCAGUUCACAGAGUUUAUAGGGGCCACCAUGUUUGGAACCUAUAAUGUCAUCUCUCUGGUGGUUCUACUCAACAUGCUGAUCGCCAUGAUGAACAACUCCUACCAACACAUCGCUGUGAGUCUUAAACUAUCACUGGAAAGCUAAAUCAUUCAUUCAUUCACUUGUUUGUUUGUGAGCCCAACAACCUGUCUGCAGUAAUUUAUAUCACAAAGUUUUGUUCAUAUCACUUGUUCAGAUGCUUAGCAUAUGUUGUUUCUGUUCAGGAUCAUGCAGACAUUGAGUGGAAGUUUGCAAGAACCAAGUUGUGGAUGAGUUACUUUGAAGAGGGAGGGACUCUGCCUUCUCCAUUCAACAUCAUCCCUAGCCCCAAGUCAAUCUGGUACUUCAUCUGCUGGAUCAGGAAACACAUCUUCAAGAUCACCAGGGCCAAGAAAACAGAAACAUUUGGAACGAUAGGGGUGAGGAUUAAGUCUCUAGUCUACAUCAACAAUACUUUUACUGAACAGUAGGGCUGUAAAAUUUAAGUAAUUGGUUGGAUGAUUCCUGGAUUUCUUGUUUAUUCCCCUCUGAUUCUGGGAAUCUUCCAACUGGGAUUUCUGGAAGACCUGGGAAUUUUGGGAAAGUUACUGGAAUUCUGCAACUCUACUGAACAGUUUACGGUUGAAACUUCUACUUCUUCUCUUCUCCUCUAGCCUCAGAGGGUUGUUCUCAAUGAAUUAUCAUGAAUGAAAUUACCUGUUCUUCCCAGAAUGGUUAGACGUGCAUCAUGAGACAUAACUGGACUGAAAGCAUCAGCAGUUAGAAGUUAAAGGGAUAGUUCGGGAUUUUGGCAAUGAACCAUUUUUCUAUCUCUGCGUCCAGUAUGAAGGAAGUAGUUUCGCAAGCCAAUGCUAACUAGCAUAUGCGCUAGCUUAGCGAAAAAUACUUGUGUACAGCUAGUUAGCAUUGGCUCACAAAACGAUCCUUUUAACAGAGAAUGGGCAGGUGAUGACAGAGCUAGCUGGCCAAGUCUCCACCAAGCAGUAAAUCACAUUAACUGAUUAGUCAUGCUGCCUGGUGUGCUUUUGUAGUAAAUUAAUGUUCCUCUUUUGUAGAGACGGGCUGCUAUAAACGUAAGAAUAAACCACCAGUAUCAGGUAUUUAUUUAUGUGUUUGUUUUUUCACUAUAAAAUGGAUUACUUGUCAUUCGUUAUGUGUCAGUUUUCAAUGUGUUUCAUUCCGUAGAUGCACAUAUUUUGAACUCGAUUUUUCCCAAAUGGCACCCUAUUCACAAUAUAAUGCACUACUUUUGACCAGAGCUCUAUGGCCCUGGUCAAAAGUAGUGCACUACAGUAUAUAGGGAAUAGGAUGCCAUUUGGGACGCAUCCCUCUACCUGUCCACUCUCAGGAUUAUGUUUUCCAUAUUAUCUCCAGAAGUUGUUAGUAACCCAGGAGUGGAUGUAUUUGAUAUGAUUCUAUCAACCUGUGGACUGUGUUGUUUUCAGGAGGUUUUGAGGAACCUGGUGAAGAGAUAUGUAGCAGCCAUGAUCAGAGAUGCCAAGACAGAGGAAGGACUGACUGAGGAGAACUUUAAGGUAAGGUUUGGUUUGCUCUGACAUUUCACAUUUCUUUACAUUUGUUUCUCUAUCCAGCACCAGACAGGGACACAGACAAAAAAUAAGCAUUGUUUCUAACUUCGGCAAUUAAUGUUGAUUAACGUGCACUGUCCACUGGAAAUGUCAUAAAUAGAUAAACAAGUUGUAUGUGUGUAUGUUUCUUUCCCCAGGAGCUGAAGCAGGACAUCUCCAGCUUUAGGUAUGAGGUCCUGGGGAUGAUGAAGGGGAAGGUGGGGCCCGGGAGUGGGGGCGUGGCUCUAGCGGGAAGUAAACCCAGUGAAGGGGCAGGGGCCUCCAGUCUGGUCUACCCUGACCACUCCUUCAAAUACUCCCCCAAGUUCCCCCCGGCCAUGCCUAAGACCAACAUGUUUCACGUCACUAAAUCCAUGCUCCAGCAGAGGGCAGCCCCCUCCUUCACCUCCUCCUCCACAUCCCCUUCCACCUCUCAGGGCUUGAACCGACUGGUCAACGGCUCUGUGGUACCCUCUCUGGCCUCCACUGACACCUCCUCCACCGCCAUCUCCUCUUCCUCUUCCACUCCCUCCACCAAAGACAGACUGGCCAGGAAAGACUUUCCCAAAGACAGCUGUGACUUUGGGCUCUACUCUGUGUCUGAGGAGAUGGGAGAGGCUGACCUGGAGGAGCUGGACUGUAUUGGAGAGAGGGAGGAGCAGGGUGGAGCGAGGGAGAGGACAUGUACAGAGAAGGAAGAGAAUGAAGAGGAGGGGAGAGUGAAGGGAGAGAAGAGUCAAUGUUAA